AUGGGGCAAGGGGCGGCGUUCCACGCGCCGCUCGGACACCCGGCGGCGCACCUGGCGCUGCCCGUUCCCGUCCCCGGGCUCGGCUUCGGCUUCCUGCCCCCGGGGCCAGCGCACCGCUUCGCCGCCUCCCUGGUGGUGUCACCGCCGGGUGCGCGCGAUCCUGUGGACCCCCGGGGUCUGCGUCACCACCAUCCACACCACCACCAUCACCACCACCACCACCACCAAAGGCACAGCGAGGACAGUGGCUCGGACGGUGGCUCGCCCAAGAAAGACGUGGACAGCGACGACGUGUGCGGCGGCGGCGGCAGCAAGCGGCGGCGGUCGCGCACCAACUUCAACAGCUGGCAGCUGGAGGAGCUGGAGAGGGCCUUCCUCGCCUCCCACUACCCGGACGUCUUCAUGCGGGAGGCGCUCGCCAUGCGCCUCGACCUCAAGGAGUCGCGCGUCGCCGUGUGGUUCCAGAACCGGCGCGCCAAGUGGCGCAAGAAGGAGCACACGAAGAAGGGCCCGGGCCGGCCGGCGCACAACGCGCACCCGCAGACGUGCAGCGGGGAGCCCAUCCCGGAGGAGGAGCUGCGGCGCAAGGAGCGCGAGCGGCGCGAGAAGAAGCUGCUCAAGUCGCUGGAGCGCCAGCAGCGCAAGCUGGCCGCCAAGGGCGUCGCCGUCGACCUGGACACGCUGCGCCGAGAGUGGGAGGCCCAGCAGCAGCAGCAGCAGGCGGGCGGCGGAGGCUGCCGCAAGGUGGCGGGGGCGGCGGCGGCCGCGGCGGCGGCGGCAGCGGCAGCUGUCUCGCGCCACCAGCUGCUGUCGGCGCACGACUCGUCCAGCUGCUGCAGCAGCACAAACGCCUCCACGGCGACGGCCCGCGACGUCGAGAUCGACGUGGUGGGCGACCCCUCCGAGGACGAGGCGGCCGCCCACGCAGACCAGCCGCAAUUCGACUCCCCUAACUCCCACGCCACCCGGCCGGAAGACUACGGCUCCUUCCAGCCGUUCCAGCAUCAGCAGUUCCACCACCACCAGCAGCCGCUGGACGUCCCCAAGUCGCCGUCACCGCCCGCGUCCAGCGACGCGGCCAAGCAGCGCAGGCCCAACCCGUUCAGUAUCGAGUCGCUGCUGUCGCGACCCGACGACCGACACCAGCGGCACACGCCACCGGCGCCGACGCCGCCCCCACGCGACGCCGGGACGCUGUGCAGGCCGGCGCCCGUCUCGCUGAGCGGCGGCGUCCUCAUCGGCAGCAGGACGCCGCCCACCGGCUGCUUCAGCCACCUCAUCACUGGCUAGCGACGCGCUGGCCUCUCCACCAGCGCACAUCGACACCUGUUCUGUCUGACAGACAUCAGCUAUCGCUGUAGCUUCCAGACUAACAUCUAAUCGGACCUCGAACAUCGUAUGCAUCUUUUGAAAUCGAAAAAUCUGAGCUAUGCGUCUCCUGAAAACUGGAGUUAUGUCAUGAAACGAUGGUCUGGUUUUUGCUUACGAGAAGGUGCUGAUAAAUCUUUAGCUGUAGACAUAGCUUACUGGUCAUCGAAGUUAGGCACUAUUGGGCAUAGCUAGCACAGCACGGGUCUUCCGAGCACCGUUGACAAGCAGGAUGCACUCAGACCUUAUGAGGCCAAUUGAAGAGCUGUUGACUUAGAAGUCGCAGAUCUGACAACAGAUGGAAUAGUGGUGUGCUGAUCACAUGCCCCUCACAUGAGUAUCCAGCGGCGCCUGUGAUCUAGGGAUGACACGUCGGUCGGUCGAUAAUGUUGGGCCGUCUGAGUCCUCUUCCGAUGGAUUCAAAGUUCUAGAGUACUGGACGUUUCGAUCCCUCUGCUUGGACCAUCUUCAGCAUCCACUCUGCAAUCAGCGAAUUCAGAAUAAUCCUAAGGAUUAACACUUCGUUUCCGUUAAUACGAGGUGUAUGAGAAAAGUAAUGAGGCAGAUUCUUUAUCUACCAAAGUUUUUAUUUUUUUCCAAACAAGAGAAUUGUCCCCUUCAAAGCAGCUCCCUUAAGCAGCUAGUCACCAGCAGAAUUGUUGUUUCCAAGCUUGGGUACAGCGGUGAAAGGCUUCAACUGGUAGUGCCUUCAACAUGUCGGUCACAUUCUUUUGAACGUCCUGCAGAGUCACAAAAUUUUGUUCUUUUAAGACAUUUUUCAGUUUCGGGAAAAGAAAAGAGGUCACAGGGACUGAGAUCAGGUGAAUAGGGGGACAGUGGAACAACAAAAAUUCUUUUUGAGGUCAUAAAUUCCGUGUUGAAAGUGACCAUGCGUCAUGAGGGGUUUUCGUGAUGGCGUAUCUACUUUCCUGCAAUGUCCAACCUCACUCGAUUCACCAUUUUCCUUAGCCUUUCAAGGACAUAUUUAUGAAACAUUUGGUUGACAGUUUGUCCUGGAGGAACAUAUUCUUUAUGCUAACUGGUCAAGAAAGGUAACUGGCAUUGUUUUGAUCUUUGAUUUGCUCAUUUGAACUUUUUUCAGUCGAGGAGAUAUCUCAGUGUACCUCUCCUCACUUUGCCACUUUGUCUCAGGAUCAUACUCAAAAAUUCACAGUUCAUCACCUGUGAUCAUACGACUGAUGCAUUCGAGGUCACUGGCAAUUGUCUCAAGAUGAUCAGCGCAUACGUUUCUUUGAUUGUCUUUCUGCCCCGCUGUUAGGUUUUUUUGUCACCAUUUUGGCACAAAUCUUUCGCAUGUGAAAAAUUUCGGUGAAAAUUUGUCAUAUGGUGAAAGAUUUUUUUCAGAUUUAUUUGAUUUAAGUACAGCAGUCAAGCCAGGGACCUAGAAACGACAGAGAGGCUUUGUCCCACUGUAGCCCUCAGUAGUUCACAUCCUCACAACAGGCCACAGCAGUCCACCGACCCCACCGCCGUGCCACACCGAACCCAGGGUUAUUGUGCGGUUCGGCCCCCAGUGGUUUUUGAAGUUGGAAGUCUCCCUGAGCAAGGUUUAUCUUCUCCAUGUUCUCGGUUUUCCAAAAACGAUUUGUCCCAACGAAAAACUUGUGCUCUUGAUGUUCCCCAUAGACCUUCCAAAAGUCACAUUAGAGAGUUCUAGAAGUUUAGUACAAAACUUGAUGGCAUGACUUUGCUCCAAGUUCCACUCCUCCAUUUUCAUAACACACAACAAAAACAUAACUCCUCAAAUGGCGCUCUCAGAAUUCAUGUGAUGGGUGUAAGGAGCUGAAACUCGGACUGAGCAUCUAGAAGGAAUGAACACAUCGCUCUACUCUAACAGAAUAACACAGUGUUGCCAAAUCGCUCGCUGUGUUGUUUGGCUCAUUACUUUUCUCACGGAAAUAUCUUUGUCUAUUAGUGUUUCUCGUUUUUGAAAUCUGCCUUACGCAAAACAAUAUUUAUUUUUAUUCGCCGAGGCAGGUUUCGACAACUAUGUGUUAUCUUCUAUGGGUCAGAAUUAUUUCUGUAAAGUAUAAUACAAAAUUUAUACUUGUUUACCUAUUGCAGGUCUAAAAAUUAUAACAUGUGCAUUUUGUUUGGUUUGUUUUGAUUGCUCGCCUGAAAGUUACAUUGAAAGUGAAAAUGCAUUUCUACAGAUCGAUCUUUGCGCUCUUUGUUGUCAUUUUGGCUGCAUGUCACUGAAAAGUAGUCAUGAAGAAAGUUCGUGCAUUUUUGUGACACACAGAAGAUGACACAGAUCUCGAAACAUGUCCGGGUGAAUAAAAAGAAACAGCGUUUUGCAUCAAGUGGAUAAAAAAUAAACAAGUUCUGUGUCGCAAACACGGAAAAACGUCAAGAGGAGUUUCCGACCUGAGCAAGAUGAGUCUUUGUCUCCAAACUUACACUGUCGAAGUCUUCCACCUGUUACGUAUGUGCAGUGGAGGUAUUCAUAAUAAUACUAGGUAUUGGUGGGUCACUUUUUAUACACAUUUUCAUGGUCAUGUUAUAGGUCCUCAUCUCAAUUUCGGUUAGAAUGGAAACCCAGUUUACAUCCCUGUCAUUUUCCAAGU